AUGGCAUUUGGACCUCCCAAAAACCUGAAUGGUCCCAAGAUGCAAACAAAGAUGAGUACCUGGACCCCACUGAAUCAUCAGCUCAUGAAUGAUAAGGUAUUUGAAGAAAGAAGAAACUUGUUGGGGAAAUGGUUUGACAAGUGGACAGACAGUCAAAGGCGAAGAGUCCUGACAGACUUCUUGGAGCACUGUUCCCUUUCACAGCUGAAAUUCUGUUUCAAACUGCUGCAGGAUCGAGUGCCAAUUGAAGCACUGGAUUUCACCACCCAGCUUCCCCGAGUGUUAACUUUGUACAUCUUUUCUUUCCUGGAUCCUCGAAGUCUCUCCCGAUGUGCCCAGGUAAAUUGGCACUGGAACUACUUAACCCAGCUUGACCAACUCUGGAUGCCAAAAUGUCUGCGUUUUGAAUGGUACAUCGAUUUCUCUUCAAUUCCAUUUGAGCAAGGAAUCUGGAAGAAACACUAUAUUAAGACAGUAGAAAAAUUUCAAGUCACCAAACCUAAGACCCCACUAAAAAAUGACUUUGUGGUGGCUGAUGUUCAGCCAAUAACAAAAGAAGUCCCAGAAAUAAAGCAGACUUUGUUGUCAGUCCUCGAAUCAGCAUCUCUGUUAAGAAGAAAGAUAAACAAAGGAAAGAGAGAUCUCCCGCCUUGGCGUUCAUCAGAUAAGCAUCCAACAGAUAUAAUUCGUUUCAACUAUUUGGAUAACUUUGAUCCCAUUGAGCAGGCAAGGCAGGCUAGAAGAAAAGGAGGAGGUCUCACCCCAGACCUCAGUCAGUCAGCCUUUCAGAAAAAGAGGAAACCAGGCAAUGGAACGUACAAACUCAGAAAAGCAAAGUCUCUGAUGUCUCUCUCAGCAGAACUUGACUCACAGGCAGAAGUGACAGUUCGCCCAAACUGGGCUCUGCAUCAGCCAAACAGCUACCCUCUGACUAAAUCAACAGCUAAACUGUUUGCUCAGAGUGCUCAGUGGAAUGCUGAAAUACGUCCUGCACCUGCUCGAGGGCCCGUCCCAAAACUGAGUGAGAAAGGAAAGAAAGCCUUUACCCGAACUCACAGAAGUUCACCAACAUCACCACUGUUUGAAAGUCAACCCUGGGAAGUUCCAUCAUCCAGCUAUGUAUCUGAUGCAGAGCAAGAAGCUGAAGAAAAGAGAACCUCAGCAUCACUACUGAUUUAUUCUCCCAAAUGA